UACGUCAUUGCAUCAGAUGAAUAUCUCGCUCACCAUUGGACAAGAUAACUUUCCGCUGGCUAGACUUUUGUUGGCAUUUGACGGAUAUUUUUCCUUGAAAACGAUCUCUUUUCCUAUUUCUUUGCCUAAUUUCUAUUUCAUCAACCUUUUCACAAAUAAUGUUCCACCUUUUCCUGAAGAUUCUACUUUUAUUCUGUCAUUAUCAAUAAGAGGAAUGGCAGCUGGCCUUUUCAUUCGCGGAACCUUCCAAUGCGUCAUAAGUAUCUGCUACACCCUGCAAGCUGUGAAACAUCUUCAUUCACAGAAAGCUUGACCAAUUCAUUCACUUGCAGCCAAUUCCCCAUAGGUGCCGAUGUUGUGUGUGCGGGCAGCAGUGGUGGGGGAUGGACGGUUUCCGACGGUGCGCCUCCGCCUGCCCGUGGAGGCGCUGCCGUCCCCGCUGCCGGCGCCGGCGGCUCGCCGUUCGUACCCGGUCACCGGUCUGCAGGCGGGCCUGGUGGUGCGCGAGCUGCGCUACUGCCCGGCGCAGCGGCGCGCCGUCUGCGUUCACCAGGCCGGCCGGCUGCGGCUGCGGCUGACCACACCCGGCGCCGCGCCGCUCGACCUCGCCUGGAGUCGGCGCGUGCAGCUGCUGCUGUGGGAGCGCCGCGAGCUCGACCACAUGAUGUCGUGGCUCUCCACGCUGGGCGGCGCCUUCUCGGCGCUGGGCGACUAUUUCGCCGAGUGCGCCGAGAUGGCCGGUCGGAUAUCCGUGAAGCAGCUGGAGCUGGCGCUGCGGCUCGGCGACCCGCUGACUGAGGCGCGCUGUAAGCUGUACGCGGCGCUCAGUCUGAUGCAGCGUGGCCGGUUCGAGUGGGCGGCCGCGCUGGUGCGCCAGCAGUACCGGCUGCCGGCGGCCCGCACCGACCCGCGGCUGCGUACCAUGUGCCGCGGCGUCUGGAACAAGCUGCAGUACGAGCGGCAGCGCGCCGGGGCGGCCAGAUAACGCCCGCCGCCGAGAUAGCGGUGACCGCCGGCUGGCCCCGUCCACUCGGACGGACAGAGACGGAGAGACGGACCGUGACAGCGAUACUGCCGGACGGUUGUGGCUACGAGCCGAGUCCUCGGGACGGGGCCGAGCGUCGCGUGUGAUGUGAUCUCCAUUCCAUCUGUGGAUGCCGCGGCGGGUUUUGUCAACAGAGGCGACUGUAGUCUGAUCCACAUUGACGAAUCGUCUCUACCUCGUCUGAAGUGAACAAGUACCAUGUUGUUACCUCGAUUAUGAAAGAUAUAAUGACAUUGCAGGUUUGAAAUACCAAGGAAGAAGGAGGCUCCUUACCUGAGAUAUGGCCUGUAUUGGUGGGCUCUGACUCAUGAGACAGCCAAAUAAAGGAGACCACCCACUUUAA